UAUAUAUACGCACACAUUCAUGAAAAGGCCACUCGCUCCCUCUCACAAACGCUCGCAGAAAUUUUACUGAUGGAUGACCAACCCUUCCAGAGACUCCUCUUCGCCGUCUUCGAACAGUUAUUCUUCCUCAUCAUACUUGCCGCUGUGAUUUGGCAACUUUAUUGUUGCUUUUAUCACAUCCGCCUCCGCCUUCGCCGCCGCCGAGAUGGCAGCCUUUCCCCUUCCGGUGACAUUCCCCGCCCUCCUCCUCCAGCCCAUAAUAGUCCCCUCCAUCCUUCACUUUUCCAGUUCCUUCCCACUUUCACCUACUCCUCCUCCACCGCCGACGCAGACAAGCACAGUCACCCUUUGCCGCAGUGUGCCGUCUGCUUGAGCGAGUUCGAAGAAGGCCAAACAGGGCGAGUGCUCCCGAACUGCGACCAUUUCUUUCACCGCGAUUGCAUCGACGGGUGGCUCCGAGAACACUCGACUUGUCCGUUGUGCCGAAAAGUCGUCAAACCGAAGCCGAGAAUCGCGUCACAGCAUGUAAAUACAGAAACGUCUGCUGCCGAAGAAGGUGAGUUAGAGAAUUCGUCGAGCGUAAAUCUUCCUCCGCCACUUAGGUGUCCCAAAAAGACGUGGCAGGUGACGGAAUUAGAAGGAUUGGUGAUAGAGAUUCCUGAGGAAGACCAUCACCGGAGGCGAAGCCAGUCGAGGAGUGGUUCGGAGAGUUUUCAACUAUAAAAUCGAAUCAUCCUCUCCACCCGCUUC